GAGACAUCUGGUUCCACGCGUGCUUCCAGGUCUAGGCUAGCCUUCAUCAACUAGUCAAGGCACGCGUCUUCGGGGAUCUCCUGUCCCCUUACCAGCAGUCUCAGGAGACGAACGGCAUCUGCCUCCUAGCUAUCGAUCAGCCCCACACCGAGAGCUGCCGACGGAAGGGUCAGUCCUUCGGCACGGCCGGACUCGUUGGCAUCAUGGAAGGCGAGGAUCAGUCUAUGACGGACGCACCUAAUGGCUUCGACGAGUCUCACCCCACCCGUGCCGUGGCGCCAGAGGACGGCGAUGUUUCUUCUCCGAAGAAUGACAUGAACAUCGACGCCGAAGACAGCGAGGCGUCCGAUGACGCCGACACGCCCAUUGAGGAUAUGCGGCGAAGGGGAUUGCUGCCCACUGGCUGCUGUUACGAUGACAGGAUGAAGCUUCACGCGAAUGCCGACUUCGGCCCGUCGCCCCAUCACCCUGAAGACCCCAGGAGGAUAGAGGAGAUCAUGAAGAUUUUCAAGAAGGCCGGGCUCGUCUACACGGGACCAGACUCGGAGCUCGUCGACAUCCUCAGGGACACGCCGACCAAGUACAUGUGGCGGAUCCCAGCUCGUCCGGCUACGAAGCAGGAAAUCUGCACCGUGCACACGCCCAGGCAUUACGACUGGGUACAGAGCCUUUCGUAUAUGUCGACGAGAGAGCUCAGAGUCCUCAGCCAUAAUCUGGACCAGGGAAGGGCCUCUCUCUACGUCGGAUCCAUGUCCUUCGACGCUGCCGUCCUCUCGGCCGGAGGUUGCGUAGAGACGUGCAAGAACGUCGCGGCGGGACAGGUCAAGAAUGCUUUUGCUAUUAUUCGACCGCCCGGGCAUCACGCCGAGUACGACUCGCCGAUGGGAUUCUGUCUGUUUAACAAUGUACCUAUCGGUGCCAAGGUCUGCCAGAGCGAGUUUCCCGACACCUGCCGCAAGAUCCUGAUCCUCGACUGGGACGUCCACCACGGAAAUGGCGUCCAAAACAUGCUAUACGACGAUCCCAAUGUUCUUUACAUAUCCCUUCACGUAUUCGCUAACGGCGACUUCUAUCCCGGGAAACCAGACAACUCCAUGAUUCCGGACGGAGAUCUGGACAAGGUCGGCGAGGGCCCGGGCCAGGGGAAGAAUAUCAACAUCCCCUGGCCGUCCCAGGGCAUGGGAGACGGCGAAUACCUGGCGGCGUUCCAAAAGAUCGUCAUGCCGAUCGCUCACGAGUUCAACCCCGACAUGGUGAUCAUCUCGGCCGGGUUCGACGCUGCCGACGGCGACGAGCUCGGCGGAUGUUUCGUCACGCCGGGCUGUUACGCUCACAUGACGCACAUGCUCAUGUCUCUCGCCGGUGGGAAGGUGGCGGUGUGCCUCGAGGGAGGCUACAACCUGAAGGCGAUAUCGCACUCGGCCCUAGCCGUCGCCCGGACGCUCAUGGGAGAGCCGCCGCCGAAGAUGGACAUACCGCCUAUCGACAAGGAGGCUGCGAGGGUUUUGGCAAAGGUGCAAGCCGUCCAGGCCCCCUACUGGGAGUGCCUGAGGCCCGGAAUCGUCAACGUGCCCGAAUUCAACGAGCUGCACAGGAGCUCAUCUCGUCUCCACGAUGUCAUCCGCGGCUUCCAGCGACAGGUGCUGUCGGAGAAGUACGGCAUGAUCCCCCUCUUCAUCCAGAGGGAGGCGCUCUACAAGUCGUUUGAGAACCAGGUUCUGGUCACGCCCGGCGUGCAGUCUAAGAAGAAGGUCUUGUUUGUUAUCCACGACCCGCCCGAGCUGAAGGCGAUGCCGGAUAUCAUCGACAACACUGUCGACCCCCAUAACGGCUUCGUCCUCGACGGCGUUACGGCCUACAUUGACUGGGCGCACAAGAAUGGGUUCGGCAUUCUAGAUGCCAAUAUCCCGCACUACAUCACGCGUCCGGAGGACAUCGACGCGUUCACGCCCCGCGAGGACGAGAAGGCGCUGCAGCGCCAGAUCCAAGAAUUGGUGUGCUAUAUUUGGGACAACUACCUUCAACUCUACGACGUCGAGGACCUAUUCAUCCUCGGGGUGGGCAACGCGUACUUGGGCGUCAAGGUGCUCCUGACUAACAGAGACUGCAAGCACCGCAUCUCCGGGGUCGUGAAUUUCGUCACGGGCAACCUCCGACCGGUCAAAUCGGAGACGGACACGGAGCUGUCGCUGUGGUAUAAGCGCAACUCGUUGGUUUACGUGACGAACGACCACGCGUGCUGGAGCGACGAGGACCUGGCGAAGAAGGUGCUGAAAAAGCGGUUCGGGGGCGUGCAGAGGAGCCCGGAGGUAGGGCUGACACGCAUGAUGGAGGCGCACGCGGGGGACGUUUUCCAGUUCAUCAGCAAGAGGCUCAGCCCGGAACAGAGCGGGAACGGCACGGAGGAGGACAGGUAAAGCCCGGGUGGAAGAAACAGGCGAGGGGAAAGGAAGGGGGUAGAAGAAGAGGGGCUACCGAUGGAUAACCGAAAGUCAUAGGAAGUUUAGUAGGUAGUAGUAGGACGUCUACCCGUCUGUCUCCCCGUCCGUC